GCCGUUCCUUUCUUUUCUUUUCUUUUUUCAAUCGAACCUUGUGAAGACAUCCGCGUGCUUAAUGGGUAUCAAAACCCGCCAUUAACAACAACAGCCUGAAAAAGAUGAAGAAACGUGUAAGUUGGAACGAGGCUAAUCUCAGGGAAAUUGAGGCAAACAAACAAGAAACGAAAAAAAUUGAUGAACCUAAAACACCUUACCCAUCAAGGAUUGAAGAAGAUGGUUCUUCUGUUGAAAGCAUCGACUUUGCUGCACAUGCUGAAGCCUUAAAAAAUGCCUUGAACAAACUAGCUUUCACUGAAGAGCACAAUAGCCCGUUUGGAGAAACCUGCCGAGACGAAGAUCAAGGCUUAGCAAAACAAAAAGAUACUGUGAGCUUUGAGGAGAGAAGGAGAGCACAUUAUGACGAGUUCAACAAAGUGAAAGAAGUACAAGAAAAGGGCUGCUCUCUCGACGAUGAGCUUGAUAACGGUAUACAUGUUUCCGGUUCAGGUUCAACCCUCGACAUCGAUUCAAUAGAAAUUGAUAUCGAGGAUGAUGAUGAUGAAAUUCUGCAAAAUAUUGACAUAGAGGAAACCGAUGAUCUGAGUUUCCCUCAAUACUGACAUUUUGGUUAACUAGAAAAGUCAUGUCAAUAUCUAGCAAUCAUUGAUUAAAAAAAAAAGAAAGAGAAGAAGUCAGUUUGUUUAGGCAUUUUCAUGUCACAACGUAUAUUUAAACAUGAAUAGGGCAUGUUUAUGUUAUGUUAAUUGAUUUUAUAAAGUGUCUGAACCGUCGUAUAAAUCUAAGCA